AUGGCGGCGGCGGUGUGGGAGGAGGUGGCCGUCGCGGUGUCGACCGGCGGGAGCGGCGGCGACGGUGGCACGGUGUUCUCCAUCUGCGUGUUUACGGCGGUGCUGUGCCUGUGCCUGGUCGCCGGCCACCUGCUCGAGGAGAACAAAUGGGUCAACGAGUCCAUCACCGCCCUGAUCAUCGGGUGCAUCGUUGGGGCAUUCAUAUUCCUGCUAAGCAAAGGCAAGAACUCGCGCAUCCUCCGGUUCGACGAGCAGCUCUUCUUCAACUACGUCCUCCCGCCCAUCAUCUUCAACGCCGGUUUCCAGGUGAAGAAGAAGCAGUUCUUCCAUAAUUUCCUCACCAUCAUGUCCUUCGGGGUCUUAGGGGUUUUCAUCUCUGUUUCCAUCGUUUCUGCAGGUUGCUACUGGCUCUUCCCAAAAGUUGGUUUCGGAAAACUUGACGUGGUGGAUUAUCUAGCACUGGGAGUCAUAUUUUCUUCGACAGACACCGUGUGCACGCUCCAGGUCAUAAGCCAAGACGAGACUCCAAGGUUGUACAGCUUAGUGUUUGGAGAAGGAGUCGUCAAUGAUGCAACGUCAGUGGUCCUAUUCAACGCCAUAAAGAAUAUUGAUAUCACUAGACUCAAAGGAGGGGUGGUGCUAAAAGUUAUCGCAGAUUUCCUCUACCUAUUUGCAACUAGUACUAUCCUUGGAGCUACGAUUGGACUGUCGACUGCUUAUGUUCUCAGAGCACUAUAUUUUGGUAGGCACUCGACUGACCGGGAGGUAGCCUUAAUGGCUCUCAUGGCUUAUUUAUCGUAUAUGCUGGCGGAAUUUCUAAAUCUGAGUGGGAUUUUGACUGUUUUCUUUUGCGGCAUCGUCAUGUCCCAUUACGCAUGGCAUAAUGUAACAGAGAGCUCUCGAAUCACGACAAGGCACAUAUUCGCGACAUUAUCGUUCAUCGCUGAGACAUUUAUCUUUCUUUAUGUUGGAAUGGAUGCCCUUGACAUGGAUAAGUGGAAGAUAACAAAGGCAGGCUUCAAGACAUCACUUGGUAUCUUCGGUAUCAUCAUCUCACUCAUUUUGCUGGGUCGUGCCGCAUUUGUUUUCCCUCUAUCCAUUCUGUCAAAUUUCCUAACUGGGAAUUCUGAGAAAGCACCCAUCACUUUCAAGCACCAGGUUGUGAUCUGGUGGGCUGGGCUCAUGAGAGGUGCCGUUUCAAUCGCGCUAGCAUAUAAUCAGUUCACGUUUUCAGGUGUAACGGUGGAUCCCGUCCAUGCAGCCAUCAUCACCAGUACAAUCGUUGUAGUGUUUUUCACAACUCUGGUGUUUGGUUUCCUGACAAGGCCUCUUAUAAGCGCGAUGCUCCCGCAUCAUCGGCACAGUGAGGAGGCGACAAGAGGCGGCCACAGCACGGGGAGCAACUCCCCGAAGGACGACUUCAUCCUGCCAUUUCUCUCGGACGAGGAGGCAUCGGGGAGUGGAAGCGGCUUCAUUCAAGCCAAGAGGAGCAUAUCGAUGCUGCUGGAAAGACCCGUGCACACGGUGCACAUCCACUGGAGGAAGUUCGACGACAGGUUCAUGAGACCGAUCUUCGGCGGGCCACGGUCAAACUGA